AUGAAUCAUUACAUCAGCCAAAGCACAUCCAGUACCAACUCAUGGCUUUCUGGCGUACUUAAGGGAGGACAGAAGGGGCAAAAUCUGAAUGACUUCAUGCAGAAGAACGUCUUUCCUGACAAAGAGUAUAAGACAAAAAGUAAGGAAGUCGUGGAUCGUCUGAAGAUGUUUGUGCAGCACAACACAGGAUACAAUAUCAAAGAAUUGUUUGUUGGUGGAUCGCAAGGCAAAAAAACUAAUCUGCUGGGCCAUUCAGAUGUUGAUCUUGUUAUGUACAGCAAUCGCUACGGCACCAUGAAAGAGUUCCGGAAGAACGUGUCCAAGGACUUGCAAGCGUUGACGAAUCAUAUGAAGAAAGACUUGACCUGGGCUAAAGGCGUGAAUAUCACCAGGACGACGAAACACGCGGUUCAGUUUGAAGUGAAACUACCUGGAUACGCGCCCAUUAAAGUGGAUUUGCUGCCAGCACCGGAUCUUCUUCAAAACAAAGAACCGAAAUACAUCUACAAAGAAAUGAAAACAUUAUCCGAGGAAGAACGACAAUAUUAUUCUGUAUGUUUUGCCAAGAAGCAAACCGAAUUCGUGAAGUACGUUCCACCAGAUGUUAAACAUCUGACAAGACUCGUCAAGUACUGGACAAAGACUGAAAAUGUCCCAGUCAAGUCAUAUUUCACCGAACUCCUAGUUAUUGAUUCGUGGAAACGUUGGGGAAAACCUGAUGAAUUCCCCAUUCAGAAAAAGUUCCUGUCGAUCAUCCACAGACUGAAAGACUUGUCCGAUUUGAGGAGGAUGCGAUGGAAAGAAAACAACACUACCAUGAAAACAUUUCCCGACCUUCCACCAGAGGGGCCGGUAUUGCUGGAUGUGAUGAACCCGUUUAACAAUGUGGCGCCAACUGGCGAGGAUGUGCGUGAAGUUGAGGAAAAAGCCACCAGUCUUCUCGACAGAAAACCAACGUGGAGUACAGAGUAAACCAUAUCACAUCAACCAGCCAGGUUUAGUCGGCCAUUUUCCCGAAUAAGGCUUGGUGACAACAUGUCUACUAAUUCGAAACAAUUAUUACUGUACUCGUGAUGUUAUCAUUUUACAUUCAUUAAUUGUUUUUAAUGAACAGCUGUUGAAUACAAACUUUAUUUCCUUUAUAGAUUUUGAUUUGAUGAUGAUUGAAGAAUCGGUCUAUGGAAGAAGUGAUUUGAGAUAAAUGGGAAAUAUUUUAAUAUAAUAAUAAUAAUAUGCAAAAAGAUACCAAAUUAUUUUUAAUCUGAAUGUUUGAAUUGGUGUUAGAUAAAAAAAGAGAGCUAUUUCUUUCUUUAUAUUUUGAAUUUCUGUAUUUAGAAAUGAUGUAGAGGACUUUAUUAUAGCUAAUAUAAUAAGGUAGAUCUGCUAGGCACAGUUGCAUCUAUGUUUAAAAAAGCAUGUAAUAUUACCUAGAACUGUGUAUAUUACUUAUUUAUUGAAAAUACCCCCACAAACCCACACCCACACCCACCCACUAGGUAAAAAGGUCUUAGGUUUGCACAUUUUCACCGAAUAUCUGCAUCAUUUUUGCCCGAAUUUGAGGUUUUGCUCUAGUACUAGGGAGGCAGUUAUGCAAUAGCCAUGUAAGAGUCACUUGACGCGGUUAAUCGUUUAAACGUUAGCAGAUUUCUUAAUGGCGCCUAUCAAUAUAGCAAAUUACUACAUGCAGCAAACUAUCCAACUUGGGACACCUAUAUUCAAAGGCUGCCAGAGCUGCAGAGUAACAAGAUAUCCCAGUUCCAAGUUCAUUUAACACACACAUUGUACAUAUCCUUAAAGAUAAACAGUCUACAUCAUUCAAAAACUGUCUUAACGAACAAAAUAUAUAAUUCUCCGAAACCAGAAACAUACAAAUUAUGACUGACAACUUUGACAAUCGUCUGCAUUGCUUAAACACUAUCAAAAACCAAAAUUAUAGGUAAGCUUUAACAAAACUACGUAUAUCUGCACAGAACCUGGAAAU